AUGUAUGUCGCCACCUCUCUGCUUAAUGCGUAUGCUGGAACCUCAUUUGACUGUGCAUACAAGCUGUUCGAUGAAGUUCUCGUGAGAAAUACUGUCACGUGGAACUCGAUGAUAUCUUGCUUUUCUCGUCCCGGAGAUGUUAAAGGAGCGAGGAAGAUGUUCGAUCGCAUGCCUUUGAGAGACCUAGCUUCGUGGUCGGCAAUGAUUGCUGGAUACAUGAACAAUGAGCAUUGGGAGGAAGGUGUGGCGCUCUUCAAAGAAAUGGUUAUUUUCGAACAACUAAAGCCUGAUCAAGUGACCAUUGGGCCAAUAUUGGCGGGCUGUUCUGAAAUGUGUUCAAUUGGUUUGCUCCUUGGGAAAUCAGUGCAUGGUUUGGUCGUGAAGAAUCACUUGGAACUUAAUGUGGAGCUUGGUACUUGUUUGGUAGACAUGUAUGCUAAAUGUGGAUUCAUGAAUUUUGCUUCUCUGGUUUUCGAUAUGAUGAAAGAUAGAAAUGCCGUUACUUGGACUGCUUUAAUUUGUGGAGCAGCAAAACAUGGUUUUGGAACUGUAUCGUUGGAGAUAUUCAAGAAAAUGAGACAAGGGAGUGUGCUACCUAAUGAGUUUACGUUCACUGGGGUACUUUGUGCUUGUGUACAAGCAGGGCUGGUCAAUGAAGGUCGUGGAUAUUUCAAAAUGACCAAAGAGUGUGGACUGAGACCAACAAAUAGGGAUGGCGGUGUGGGUGCGGGGCGGGUUUGA